AUGGCCUCCUUCAACACGAGGCGCGAUACCCCUUCCCCAGACGAGAUCGAUCCGUACUCCUAUAACCCUUCCUUGGCCCUUGCCAUUGUCUUGACCACCUUCUAUCUCAUCCUCUCAGUCUGGCACAUGUACCUGAGCAUGAUCUACUCACGCAAACAACCAAUCCGGCACAAAUACACAAUCUGCCUGUUCGUGGCUGCCAUUAUGUCGCUAGCUGGAUGGGGCAUGCGCAUCCUGUCGAUCGAGUACCGACACUCGUGGCCCAUGUCCGUCAUCUGGUACGCCUGCUCACAGUCCUGCAUUGUGAUUGCACCAGUCUUCGUCUGUGCAAGCUUAUACCUCCUCAUGACAAGGCUGAUCCGUUUCAACCUCCCUGCCGAUGACAAAGAAGGCGGCGGUGGUGGGAGAAGACCCCAGGUCUUCUGGGGUCUAUCUCCAAAACGGCUCGGCUACCUCUUCAUCAUCUCCGAUUUUACCAGUUUCAACACGCAAGGUGGCGGCAGCAGUAUUGCGGGUGCAGGGAGCUGGAAAGGCACUCUGCGGACGGUCGGAAUCGACGUCAUUCUCGUUGGUCUAGCAUUACAGGUUAUCACCUUUACCGGCUUCCUUACCGUCUUUGCCAUGUUCCAAAGCCGGGUCAACAACAUGAAGGAUGUCAGCUUGCAGCCGGGUGCGAAGAAGGUUAUCACGGGAGUCUGGAUUGCUUCAAUUCUUGUACAGGUUGGUAUCCUCUCGGUCCUCUCUGCUGAUGAUUCUGAUGGUAAGCUGACACGGUGUGCACUGUGGAAACAGAUCCGAACCGUCUUCCGUCUUGUCGAGUUCGCGAUGGGUGAUGACGGAUACCUGAUGACCAGAGAAUGGUGUGUCUAUGUGUUUGAAGGAGGGCCGAUGGUGACAGCGACCGCCAUACUCGCCGUGUAUCAUCCUGUCCUAUACAUGCAGCAGGUUUCGCACACUGAAGCCAGCGAUGGCGAAGUCGCAUUGGAGCCCAGGCUCUUGAGGCCAGGAAGCUCACAGAGUCUGGAAAGAUGUUAA